UGGGGCGUGCUUGCUAAACCCUAACAUAAGAGUUAUACGCCUUCCUCUACCUGAACUCGGUUUUCCCCAAAACGUCACGGCACCACCACUACACCACCGCCACCCGCCAUGGCACAGAGACGGUGUUUCCAAACCCUAACCCGUCAAGCCAUAGCUGCACUCUCUUCUUCAAACGCUACUACAUCAUUACACAACACACUAAAAUUCUCCUUAACUUCUUCUUCUUCUUCCUUCUCCACCGAAACCCUCAGUUCCUCUCUCAUUUCCAACAACGCCACGUGUCAUCAUUCGCUCUGGUCUCACCAUAAUCGUCGGUAUUUAUCAUCAGAUUCUCGCGGCGGCGACGAAACUGAAGACGACGACGAUGACGACGACGACGAUGACGACGACGACGAUGACGAUGAGGAAGAUGAAGAUAGUGACUAUGAUGACGUAGCGGUGGGGUCUGAUUCGAAGAGAGAAUACACACCGCAAGAGAAGGAAGAGGAAGCUGCUGAGAUCGGGUAUAAAGUAAUCGGACCGCUUGGAGAAAAUGAGCGGGUUAUUAAAGCAUUUGAGCCGGUUUUUGCUGUGGUUCAGAUUGGAUCUCAUCAAUUUAAAGUGAGCAAUGGGGAUUGUAUUUUUGCAGAAAGAUUGAAAUUCUGCGAUGUAAAUGACAAGUUAACUUUGAAUAAAGUUCUUUUGGUGGGAUCACAGACUCAAACCAUUAUUGGCAGGCCUACGGUACCAGAAGCAGUUGUUCAUGCACUUGUUGAGGAACAUGCAUUAGAUGCAAAAGUAAUCAUCUUCAAGAAGAAGAGGCGAAAGAAUUACCGCCGAACCAAAGGACAUCGCCAGGAACUGACCAAGUUGAGAAUCACCGAUAUUCAAGGAAUCAAGAAGCCCGAAGUGACAUUUGAGAAAAAGCCUCGAAGGCCAGUAGGUAAAAAGCCGGAAAAGGUUCCAGUUGCUGCUUAGCGGGUAUUUUUUCGACGACCUAUGUUGACAAUAACGGCUGUAUUGCUAAAGCUGCAACUUUCUGAUGCGACAUAAUCAGCAUCAUCAGUUUCUGGAUUUAUUUAGUGUACAUUUUUAGAAAACCGUUUCUUUCACCAGAUACUUAUUCCGGGAUCUGUAUGCUGGAUUUCUUUUACUGGCCAAAAUUUUGUAUUUCUAGCUGCCUUUAUUUGUAUGAAUUACUCAUGACACAUCAGCAGCAGCACUGUGUUGUUUCAAACAGAGCAUUGCUAAGAGAUUAAUCAAUCAAAUUCAAUAUUUGUUCCACCUAA